GCAAUAUAGAUUUUUUUCACGGAAGCUCAGAGAGGUCAAAUGGAGAUUUGUUAGUGAUGCCGUUAGGAAACUUUCUGCUUGACUCUCACCCCAGCCCUCCAGAUUGCGAGCUCCUUUAUUAGCAGAAUGUGCUUUUGCUUUGCACAAUAUACUGGUGCAGCUCUGCGUUUUCAUCAGCAGUAUUACUGAAGCACAAUAACCAUGGGGCAGAAAUUUUAUCAGAUUUUGAGGCCUUUAAUCUUUCUUCCUGCCUUGAUGUGGAAGAAGGAGGAACAUGGGGUCCUCAGAAAGCUAAUAAAAAGCUAUGAAUUUGUGAAAUACCUUAGACAAUAUAUAAAUGAUACUCUGGGAUCUGUGAUUGAAGAAGAAGCAGAAAAAUGUACUUCUGCUCAAAAUCAGGGUGAAGUGUCUGGCUAUGACACUCUUGUCCAACAUGUUACUAAGAAGACCCGUGAAUCAAAAGAGUACAGAGAAAUGAUGCAUGCCUUGAAGAAUGUCAUGAUGGUUGUGGUAGAAUCUUUGAUUAACAAGUUUGAAGAAGAUCAAAUGCAUAAUAAGGAGCUGGAUAGUAAAACAAAGAAAGAAUGUCAAAGUGGUUAUUAUACGGACAACUGCUCUGACAGCGACUCCUCCUUCAACCAAAGCUACACAUUCAUGAAUCAAGAACAAUUGCAGCUACUUGUAGAAAGGCUUGACCCUAUUCAGCCUAAGGAAGUGCGUCAAGAAGCUAUGCAGACACUGUGCUCUGCCCCUCCCUCUGAUAUACUGAACUCUGAGAGUUGGCCCAAUCUGCGUAAGCAUCUAACGAUGUCUCUGUCAGAUCCUGAUGCAACUUUCAGUGAGAAAAUUUUGAGGUUCUAUGCAAAAACUUUUUCUUCAUCUCCAUUUAAUAUGACAAGAGAAGUCUAUACAAGUUUAGCAAAACACUUGGAGUUGUACUUUCUUUCUGGAGAAUAUUAUCUUCCUAUUUCUGCUGGUCUGGAUGUAUCUAACACAGACAUAAAUCGUUUACUAAAAAAGGUGCGCCUUUUAAAUGAAUACCAAAAGGAAGCUCCAUCUUUCUGGAUUCGUCAUCCUGAAAAAUAUAUGGAAGAAAUAGUGGAGUGUACCUUGUCACUGUUGUCAGUAAAAUGUAAGCCUAGUCAUCCUGCAUCUCCAGAGUUUUUGAGUCCAGUCUAUUUCUUCGCUCUGCUAGAUAUCAAAGCUGUUUGGUUCAAAAAAUGGACGCAUGCAUAUUACAGCAGAACAGUCGUGCUUAAACUUUUGGAAAAGAAGUAUAAGUCUUUGAUUAAUGCAGCUGUUCAGCAAUGUCUUGAAUAUUUUGAAUUUUGCAAGUCAGCAGUUGACAGAAUUCCUAGAGUCAGUGUUUUUUCCCAGCAGUGCUGUAGUGAUAAGCAGAAGUUUUCUUACACUGGACCAGAAUUACAGUACAUCUAUUUUGUACAUUCACUGUGCCUUUUAGGAAGACUGUUGAUCUAUAAGCAAGGCCGAAAUCUUUUUCCGGUACAGCUGAAAAAUAGAAAAGAUUGCGUAUCACUAACAGAUCUGUUGGUAUUAUUUGCUCAGCUUAUUUAUUACUCUCCAAGUUACCCAAAGACAGCUUUGACAGUGCACACAGACAAUUAUUCUCCAGCAAGUCUUGUUACAGAGAUUCUGCAAGUUUUUUGUGACCAAACAGGAUGUGCUGCUGAAUGUUUAUAUACUGAGGCAGUGAUGGAUGCCCUACUUCAUCCUAUUCAAAAUUUACUGAGUGGCACAGAGAUGUAUAUAAAUUGUCUUGAAACGACUUUAAUUCAUGUAGCAGAUAUUUUGGCAAGGAUUGCUGCUGCAGAAGAUGGCCUUUCUCUUCUUAUUUAUGGAGGAAAUGAAAACUCUGCCAAAGACAGUCCUACAGCUGUUCAUGUAAUUGUUGAGUUUACAAAGAAACUUCUUCAUGACGACAUUUCUCUUUUACCUGGAUCCGAGCUUUUGCCAGUUGUUAAAGGAGCUUUCAUUUUUGUAUGUCGUCAGAUGUACAGAACCUGUGAAGGCCUGCAGGUGCUUAUUCCUUAUAGCUUGCAUGAAUCUAUUGCAGAGGCGUGGAAAAAGACAAGUUUGCUUUCAGAAAGAAUUCCCACUCCUGUGACUGGUGUAAACUCCACCUUGUCAAUAAGUCAAGAGUCAAAAAACAUUUUGUUGUCGGAAGAGACUUUGUUAGAUGCCUUAUUACAUUUUUCUACCACACCAAAAGGACUAUUUCUGCUUCAUAGUACAGAGGCCUUGAGUGACUGUGUGACUUUUAUGUUCAGCAGAAUAUCAAAAAAAAAACAGCAGACAAAUGAAUGUGAGGAGUUUGAUAACGGAGUGAUUUUUACACAAAUGGCAACAACACCAAAAGGUGCAGUAGCUCUACAGAGUUCAGGCUUUAUAAACGCACUUGUAACUGAACUGUGGGCUCUUCUGGAGUGUGGAAAAGAUGAUGUGAGGAUAACUGAACCCAGAUCUACUCCAGUUGAUCCUAUUGACCAAAGCUGUCAAAAGUCUUUUCUGUCUCUGAUAAACUUACUCACCUAUCCUGCAGUUUUUGAAUUCCUGAGUAGACAAGACAUACCAAAUAAACCAGUGUAUUCACACCGUGAAGUCCCUAUAGAUAUAAUUGAUAUCAUUGACAGGCUUAUAAUUUUGAAUUCAGAAGCUAAAAUUCAUUCCUUAUUCAGUUAUGAACAAUCACAUAUGUUUGGUCUGAGGUUGUUAAAUGUGCUGUGCUGUGAUCUCAAUACCCUGUUACUUUUAGAGACUCAGUAUAAAGUGUCACAAGUUUUACUAACGGCCCAGGAGGAAAAUGUCAUAGAAAAUUCUGAAGGACCAGGAGAUUUUAUAAUUGAUGGUCUGUCAAUUGAGAGAAACCAUGUUCUUGUUAGGAUAAAUCUUAUUGGAGGACCACAGGAAAGGAUUUUGCCUUUAAGAGUACUAGAUAAGGGCAGUGAUCCAUAUCCUUGGCCAAUGUUUUCAUCGUUCCCUUUGCCAAAGUGCUAUCUUUUGAAAAUUCCUAGGAAAGCUGAUUUCAGACAAGAUAAUGAUCUGGAUAAGCUCUUAUCACUUCUAAAAAAUCCAGAUAAACAAACUGAUUGGGCAGAAAACUGUAGAAAACAGUUCUGCAAAGUCAUGAAAGCCAAACCUGAUAUCAUCAGUGGAACAAUUUUGGCAGAAUUAAUUGAAAAGUUCGUGUCACAUCUUUCUGAAAGCCCAUUGGAGUGUUAUUUCAGCACAGGAGACUAUAAAGCUAUUGAUGUAAAUAUGAAGAAUGAAAGCCUUUCAUCUGUGCAACAGCUUGGUGUUGAAAUGACAGUCAGAUAUGGCAAAUACUUAAACUUGCUAAAAGAACAUGCUGAGAAUGAGCUGUCCUUGGUGUUAACGAAUUGUGAGAAAUUUCUGAAACAGCAACAAGCAACUGUGGUAUCCUCACUUUGUUGCUUGCAGGGAGCUUAUGCUGGCUACGAUUGGUUUGCAUCUUCUGUGUUCCUCAUAAUGUCAGGAGACAGGGAGAAGACAUUUACAUUUCUUCAGCAAUUUUCACGUCUCCUCAUUUCAGCAUUUCUCUGGCUACCAAGACUGCAUAUAUCUAUGCACCUGCCUAUUACCGCAGUGGAAUCCGGUAUCCACCCAGUCUAUUUUUGCAGUGCUCACUACAUUGAGAUGUUGCUGAAAGCUGAGUUGCCGCUUGUCUUUGCUGCCUUCCACAUGUCUGGUUUCACUCCAUCCCAGAUCUGUUUACAAUGGAUAACUCAGUGUUUCUGGAAUUAUAUGGACUGGAGUGAGAUCUGUCAUUACAUUGCUACAUGUAUUUUUCUUGGUCCUGAUUAUCAGAUAUAUAUGUGUAUAGCUGUAUUCAGACACCUACAGCAAGACAUUCUGAAGCACACUGAAGCCCAAGAUCUUCAGGUUUUUCUCAAAGAAGAAGCCCUCCAUGGAUUUCGAGUGAGUGAUUAUUUAGAAUACAUGAAAAGCUUGGAGCCAAUCUACAGGCCAGUGCUGCUGAAAGACAUGAGGAACAUCAGAGUACAGAAUGCAUAGAUAAAGCAAACAAGCAUGUUACUUUCCAGUUUUGGUUACUUUCUUUAAAAGGAUGCUGAUUGUUUGAUAUAUUGAGCUUCAUAAAAAUAAGUCCAGCUAUGUUCUACUACUGUAAAAUAAAUACAUACUGUCAAAAAUAUAUGUUCUGCAAGAGGACUUCAUCUAAAUUGGAUGACCUGAAACAGCAUAUUCUCCCAGAUACUCUGUAUCCACAGCCUUGUUUUCAUUUGGCAGAAAACAGCUUCAGAACUUAGCUGUAGAUUGCUAAAGUGUCUUGUUUAUAAUGGCUGGAGCCUGCUUCCAAAGCAGUGCAUUAUUUUCAUGUGCUUGGAGCACAGUCUUCCUUCAUAUUUUGUAAAAACCUGACAAAGUGAUUUUUUUCUUAGAAGCAACUCUAGGUUUGUGCAGGAGAAGUGAACAAAUGCAAAACAAACACCCUGUAUGCAGCAGUUCUGAUUUGUGGAUAAAGUUGAGAAAAUGAGGUGACCAGCUACAUGUAAUGAAAUGUCCCCACUCCUUUUUUUAAAUAAAUCAGUUUGUCGUAAGCAGCUAUUUGUAACUUACGCUCUCAAUAUGUGGAAGUGAAAGACAAGGCCCUGAGCAGCCUGGUCUAACUAGACCUGCUUUGAGCAGGAGGUUGGACUAGAAGACCUAUGGAGCUGCUGUUCAUCCUACAUGGGUCUAUGACUGUAAAAUAACAAAAGCUGUUACUGUUCAUGCUUUUUACUUACCUGUGCUUGAUUAAAGUUAGGAUAAUUAUCAUCACCUUUGGUUUGCUGUGCAAACCUACUCGGAGGAGCUUGUAUUCCUAGUUUGCCUGAGAUUCAUCUCCUGUUUUUCCUUCUGUUCUGCACUAGCACAUUUGGAAGACAAAGUUAGGUGUUUUUUUUUUUUUUUUCCCUAACACUCUGAGACAAGACUGGGUCUAACUGAAAUCUUAUUUUCACUGUAUGUGUUUAUAUGGGCUGCAACGUGGGUAGCUGGUUUGGGUUUUCUCUCAUUAAGGUAACUACAAAAAGAUUCUCUCUAUACUUGCAAACUGGUCUAGCAGCAUGCAUGUUGCCUGCUCAGAGGCUACGCAAGUAUGUACACAUUCAUUUGCAUAUAGAGAAGAUAGAUAAGUAAAUUAAUUAACAGAUGAAGAAAAAUAUUACUUCCAAAUAUUAGUACAAUUUUUAUAUCAUUUGCAUUUCUAAAGUAAUUUGAAUUUACUUUGCACUUUCAGUUAUUUGUAUCUUGUUUGUGUUUUCUUCUUUCUAGAGCAGCUGUUAGUUUUCUGGUUUGAGAUCAUGUCAUUUUUUCCUCUUUAAACUUACUGCUAACACUGAAAAUUCCUUCCUUCCUUACAGAGAAGACUGAAGACAUUUGGGAUUUCGGCCUUAACUAUUUAUUUGUGCACUGUAAUUUUUAAUACUUGCCGUUUUUUUCUUUUUCA